AUUUAUGCCCAGAGUGGAGAUAGUUCAGAAACACAACACCGCAGCUCGAAGACUGUAUAUCCGAGGCCAUAAUGGGAAGAUUUAUCCCUACCUUGUCAUGAACGAUGCGUGUUUGACCGAGUCCCGUAGAGAGGAACGAGUCCUGCAACUCCUUCGCCUCCUGAACCCUUGUUUGGAAAAGAGGAAAGAAACCACGAAGAGACACCUGUUCUUCACCGUUCCCCGCGUCGUGGCUGUCUCCCCCCAGAUGCGCCUUGUGGAGGACAACCCUUCUUCUCUCUCCCUGGUGGAGAUCUACAAGCAACGCUGUGCCAAGAAAGGGAUUGAGCACGACAGCCCCAUUUCUCGCUACUACGACCGGCUGGCCACCGUCCAGGCACGAGGGACCCAAGCCAGUCAUCAGGUCCUCCGGGAUAUUCUGAAAGAGGUUCAGGGUAACAUGGUUCCACGCAGCAUGCUGAAGGAGUGGGCCCUUCACACGUUCCCCAACGCCACCGACUACUGGACCUUCCGGAAGAUGUUCAUCAUCCAGUUGGCGCUGAUUGGUUUCGCGGAAUUCGUCUUCCACCUCAACCGACUCAACCCUGAGAUGUUGCAGAUUGCUCAGGAUACGGGCAAAUUAAACGUGGCCUAUUUCCGGUUUGACAUCAACGAUGCUACCGGGGAUCUGGACGCCAACCGUCCCGUCCCAUUCCGGCUCACCCCAAACAUUUCGGAGUUCCUCACCACCAUCGGGGUCUCCGGGCCCCUCACAGCAUCCAUGAUUGCUGUGGCUCGUUGUUUUGCUCAGCCAAACUUCAAAGUCGACGGCAUCCUGAAAACAGUGCUGCGGGAUGAAACCAUCGCUUGGCACAAGAAGACCCAAGAGGACACAUCGUCUCCGCUCUCAGCAGCCGGGCAGCCAGAGAACAUGGACAGCCAACAGCUGGUGUCGCUGGUUCAGAAAGCUGUGACGGCCAUCAUGACCAGGCUCCAUAACUUGGCCCAGUUCGAAGGCGGAGAGAGCAAAGUCAACACCUUAGUUGCAGCCGCGAACAGCUUGGACAACCUGUGCCGCAUGGACCCAGCCUGGCAUCCGUGGCUGUAGACAUCUCCUGAAGACUUGGAUGAUCGCAAAACCCGCUGAGAUACAACAAGGACUUUGAGAUCCAUCAUGGAUGGUUCUUCACCCAUCGCGGCACUUGAUGUGUUUCCGGCAGGAUCGUGUUUCCAGGAGCUGUUGUGUUUUUAGAGUUUCAUCUCAAAGUUAAGAUCCCAUCCUCAUCAUGCUGGCAUCUCUCCACUCCGAGGAAAUCUUCAAAAGGACGAGAUUUGAACUUUUGCACACCAGGCCAUCCUGUUUUAUGCAGCGAGCAAGAAGAGCGAAGACACCGGCGAGAGUUGAGACUUGCCUUAGGAGUCCUCGCCAAUUUGGUUUUUU